AUGAGCAGAAGUUCAACCUCAGAUCAAACCUAUGAUUCUCCUUCUGAUUCUGAAGGUUCCAUAAAAGCAAAGAGGUCAUUUUAUCUUGAUUAUUUCAUAGGACCGGGUGAAAUUGAUUGGAAAAUAAAGGAAGAUUCUACCGUGAAAUGCAAGUCAAAGGAGAUCUUAAGUAACGAUGAAGAACUGUACAAUCCGCAAGGACUUCAUGAAUAUUUUGAUGAUGAAUCAUGGAAGGCAAACAAGACAUCAAAAUCAUCUGCUCAGACAAUGAAACAAUUCGAUCCUAUCCUUUCUGGCUCAAAACCCGACUUUACAAUAAGAACCAUCAAUCCUAAAAAAUUUGUUGAAUUAAUGUUUGCGGAAAUAAAACCACCGAAUACAAGAGCGGAUUUAGUAAAUGAGGAUCUAGUGACUUUGGGAAAAACAAUGCGAGCAUCAUUUGAUAAGUCGUUAGAAAAUGGUGUUGAUCUUGUUAUCUGUGGAUUGCAUGUCUUUGGUUGGUAUAGUAAGACCAAUUCCUUUCAUAGAAAUGCAACCUUUACGAAUUUUGCCUUCACAAUUUUAGGUUACCUUGGAAGAUGCUAUAUUAUCGAUCUUCGUUAUGAUGGACUUUAUCGAAUGAUACUGGUGGGAGAAUUUAGAUUUCCUGAAGAUCCAACAACUUGGGGGACACUUAUGAGCUAUUUUCAGGUGAUGGCUACAAUGCAGAUUCUCGUGAAUGAAGGGGCAACUAAAUACCAAUACACUCGAAAGGGUUCAAAACAAGAAAAUCCGGCAAAUUUAAAAUUUAUAAAGCCAAUGUUUCUUUUCCCAAUGAAG